AUGAUGGGGAAACUCCCCCUGGGGGUGGUCUCCCCUUAUGUGAAGAUGAGUUCGGGGGGCUGUACAGACCCCUUGAAGUUCUACGCCACCAGCUACUGCACAGCCUACGGUCGGGAGGAGUUCAAGCCCCGCACAGGCAGUCAUGUAGGCACAGGCUACAAAUCAAAUUACCGGCCUGUGAUCUCAUACCGAGCCAGUCUGGAUGCCCUGGACAACCCAGCCAUGGGGGAACAAAUUCGGGACAAUUUCCAGACAGUGACCAGUCAGAGUUAUCGGCCCUUGGAGGUGCCUGAUGGCAAGUACCCACUGCCCUGGAACAUGCACCAGACCAGCUCUGGCUACACGCACGAGAAGCCGAACUCAGGACCCCCCACCAAGGAGGUCAGGAAGGUCCAUUUUGACACCCAGGAGCACGGGCCCCAGGCCAUCACAGGGCUGGAGCCCAGGGAGGUGCCCCUGCUCCACCAGCUGCAGGGCAAAGGCUCGCUGGAGUGGGAGAACUCGCGAUACGGCCCACGCUUCAUGACUUCCGAAUACAGCUCCAAGUAUCUCAAGGAGCCUUUAAACCAGCCAGAUGUCUUGCAGAAGACAACCGUCGGCACCAAGGAGGAAACUGGCUUCACCGAACAGACCCACAAGAACCCUAUUAUCUUCCAGCCACCCUCCCAGGCCCUCCCUGGGGACCCCGUCCUCCUCCCAGGCCGGAGUGUCACCAAGUCGGACUUCCUCCCCAUGACUCACCCUCAUGGAGACGAGUUCCUACCUGUGUUGGCCAGAGGCUCCGAGCGGGAGUCUGGCUUCAGCCGAGUGAAUGGGUCUCUGAACCCCAGAGUGCCCCCUCCUGGCCCAGAACCCAGCAGCAUGGGCCACCGGCAAUUCCAGCCACCCCAGCGGAUGCAACAGACAAAUGUCGCCAUGCUUGGCAGGGAGACGGUGGGGAAAAAGGAGCCCACGGGGUUCAGCCUUAACAACCCCAGCUAUGUCCGGAGCCCCUAUGACCCUGACCGGGAUAAUCGGUACCUGACCACCUACAACCAAGGGUACUUUGAGAACAUCCCCAAGGGUCUAGACAGGGAAGGCUGGACUCGGGGUGGCAUCCAGCCCCAGACACCGGGAGGCUACGCCCUCAACCAGCCGGUCACCCGCAUGGAGGCCACCCCCAGCCCCAUGGAGAGCCUGCGGCACCUGCACCCUCACGUGGGAAGAACCCUGAGCUCAGUGGACCCCUUCUACCGAGAAACACCUCACAGCAGCCGCUUCAUGCCACCCAGCUGA